ACCGGCGACCCUCGCGAGGGGUGCACGUUUCACGAUCUGAAAACUCCGCUCGAUCUUUUCCAAAGUAGUGCAAUAACGUUACGAAUUCUUGCAAUAUCUCCUUGGUCGUGUAUUUAUUUUGUUGCUUUGUUCUGUUAUUUAGUAUUUAUUUGACGUUGGACUUGUGACAUCUCGGUUUAUAAUCGUUUUAAUUUUGAAAGUUAUUGCGUUUUGGAAGACCGCAUAUAGCAAAUUACGUAUAAGAAAUCUGUCUCGUAUCACGACAAUAACCUGGGCCUCUACAUUAAGACUGGUCGUACUGCGAGGCACUUGAUGGCGCGGUGACGCAGCAUGCGCCGCGAGCACAUCGCCGCUCUCCUGCGGCUGCUUUUUAUAGCAGGUGGUGCAAGUUUUGUGAAUCCAUACGCAAACGAGGAGCGGGCGGAGGUAACAGACCUGAGCCAGGUAUGGGUGGAGAUCCCCAGGAGUGUGGUCGCUCUGGGGGGAGAUGUCCGUGUGUCAGUACACGGCGUCAGAGACACCGGCGGCUUGAGGGUACGCCUCGCGCGAGAAGACGACGAAGAUCGAACCCUCCUCGCCACCAUGCCACUAGCUUUAGACUCCGAGAGCCGCAUGACACUACCGUGCGGCUACUUCCCUAGAGGCGGCAGCUACUAUCUAGAAAUCGUAGCAGAUAAGGAAACCGUCCUUGACUAUGACAACACCACUGUCAGAGUUAGGAGGGACUUAGGUCAAGGUGGAAUUAUGGAAACUGGAGAUAGUGUGGUGAAGUCCUGGAAAUUUGACGUCCUGUGGCCUAGCGCUAACCUGGACGUGACCCCAGAACGGAUUCAAACAUACCCGGAGAGACAGGUGACGGCGAUCCUAGAGUUUCCGAAGGUAGUUUGUACACCCUUGGAAGAUGGCGCGGACUUUUGGUUGGAACUAUUGUAUUGUGGACACUCGAGUGGAGGCGCAGUGCUUUGUGAUGGGAAGAAUAGUAGCUCCCAUGCUCACGUCCUGUAUUCAGAACAGAUGCAUGGCUUCCCCGGUCGACGUACAAUGACACUCAGGUGCGAACUAUUCGGUCAAGCGGGGGACUACGCCCUCACUCUGAGACCAGCUGCCUCUGCGGGUCCGCAAGACUUGGCGGUGGCUUUUGUUAAGGCGGAUUGGUCAGAGCAGUUCGUGUUGAACGUUCACGGAGGGUCAGUGUUCCCGUGCGGUGAUGGAGUCAGGGUGUUGUUCCAAUAUCCCGAGUGUGUGCUGGAGGGGGCGGACCGAGUGCGAGUGUUCGGACGAGAAGCGGAAAGAUUAAGAUACGUCGCCGAGAGGAGAGUCAGGAGAGGUCAACACACAGCUUCCUUCGAUUGUAGACUGUUCAGUGAACGUUAUCCAGAGUACUGUUUCGUGUACGUCUCCCAGGCGGUUACCGGCGCGGUCGCUGAUGUUAGGAUGGAUUGUUUACCCACACUACCACUAUCAGAUGGCGGCGCUGGAGGAUGGGGUGAGUGGUCUCCAUGGUCGGCCUGCCCGGCACCAGCUCAGUGCUCGACCCGCACGAGGAGCAGACACCGCUUCUGUGAUUCACCGCCUCCCGCGUACGGAGCCAAGUUCUGUGAGGGUCAGGCGGUAGAGCUGGCGGCCUGCGAGUGUUUGGCGCGUCCCUGGGCUGGAGACUCGUCGGUUGUGGUGGCGGAGGUGGGCGAGCGAUGUCGCUGUGGUUGCGUGCUUCACCUGGCGCCCGCCGCGCGUCUCCUGGCUGGAUCAGCCCGAGCCUGCCCCGCUAGGUCCUUUUGGUUGCUGCAGGCAGAAGAAGGUUUGGCCGUGAGAGUCAGUUUCGAGUCUGUAAAACUCCCGUGCAGCGGCCAGGCUCUGAGAGCGAGGGAUGGAGACUCCCUGGGCUCGCCUCUCUUGGCCUCGUGGGACGGCCCGGACACCUCAGCUGUGGUUGAAGAGUACGAGACUACCACCACCAGCGGUGUGGUGGAGGUCGUAGGUGGUAGACACGUGCUAGUGGAGCUGCGUUCAGGGGACCCGGGAGAUGGGGGGGACCUGUGUGCCGGAGGGUUCCUCGCACACGCUACACAGAUAGAGCCGAUCCGUAACGCGUCGGCUGCUCGGUCUCCCCUGAGGUCCUGGUGGGCUGGGGGCGGUGCUGCACGAGCGGCGGCCGCGGCACUGGCUGCAGCGGCGGCUCUCGCUGCCUUACUGCUGGCCGCCCACUCCGCGCAUCGCACACGCGCUUACCAGCGAGCCGCUGAUAAGGAAUCACUCACCGAUAGUGACGCAUGUUCUCUGUCCCUGGAGCUGUGUGCGAGUGCGUCACGUAGCACUCUAAUGUCGGAGGCUGGCGGGGCAUCUCUACGACGUCUGUUGCCUACCUCAAGGGAGAAGGGUCGCGGAGAAGCACUCAGGGACGAAGAAGACCAGACAUCAGAUGCAGAGGUCGAGGGUGACAAUGUGAGUGUUGGCAGCGCCAUCAGUGCGACCAGUCAGGCGACCAUCACGCCAGAGAACGUGUCAUCUAGCAGCGCCCCGGCUGGCCCUCCCCCGGAUACACAGCAUGCCACUACGUCUCUGAGACGAUCUCGUACCGUGUCCUCUAACAACGUUCAAGUUGCCAGCAUGUCAUUACCUCAAGAACCUUCAACGAGUCAACUGACUGCGGAGAGUACGAGCAUCACCAGCAUAAGUGAGAGGGAUAGCUGCAGCGAAAAAGACAAAAACAGUGCGUGGGACAAGGAUAGAAGUGUUAGCAGAGCUUCAUCUUCCACUUCUGCUGCCACUCUUACUAAUGGUUGGUACUCCCCUGCCCUGAGCGGCGUAUCAUCAGCUCGAGUGCGUGACAACCCUAGCCGCAACCAGCACGCGACUGCCUCCAACCCUGGUUCUAAAGCCAGCAAGGACUGUCGUAACCGCCGUCUCCUCCGCUCUGACCUCAGCCUCGCCUCACACGCUGAAAUGGAAAUAGACUACUACGACUAUGAGGUCAACAAUGCUGGUUCCGUUCCAGGCUCUUAUUUAGGAAUGGAUCCAGCAUUCCUAGUUUGGAUUCCACCUUUAGAUGAAGGAGACAUAAUUAAGGAGAUUGACGACAAUAUGCCUAUAUAUGAGGAAAUUCUACCUAAGGAAUUGCACCCGGAUCCGGGAAGCAAUACGGAAUCACCAGAUGAAGGACCUGCAUUAAGUACUUUGAAGAGUAACUCAGACAAUAGAUCGAACAAAUCAAACGAAUCAGCAAAAUCGGUCCGAAAACACGAAAGAGGCAACAUCAUUCACCCCUUAAACUUCAGCAUAAGCGAUCUGCAAAAUGCACCAAAACUCGCUAAAAUUAAUAAAAAGAAAAAAGAUGAUGUUUUCAUUCCAAUGAGAGAUCUCACUCUCACUAUGUCACCGGUGAAAGUUCACAGAAGAGAAAAAAAAUCUGAAUACGAUAAUUCAUCGACGCUCAAAAGAGUCAAUGACUCCAGAGAAAAAGACGACACUCUGAAACGAACAACGAACUUCAAUGACAACAAGUUUGCGGAUGAAAAUUCUGAUUCAUCCAACGAAAUACAGUUCGCGGACGAGUCUCCAGACAGCAACAGAUUGGCUGACAAAUACGGAGUAAGAGCAUAACGCAUUAGAAACGUAAUAAACACAACCCUCACCCUCGAUAUUAGUUUCAAAACCAAUAAUAUAAAUUCAAUAUCACUAAUCAUCUCACUCAACCACCAAACGAAAACGUUAAAACGUUAUCUUAGGAGUAUCUUAAUAUUUUCUGCGAUUCUCAUCACGACCUUCUCACAACUAUAAAUGCGUGUAACAAUUAGUGUUUCAAUCUAAGGACCAAAGAUGUUAAAACUGUCUUCAUCCAUAUCAAAAUCAUAUUCAUUCUAUAUUUGUAAAGACAUUUAAAACACAAACGAAAUACGAGUAUAUGAUCUUUCUAGAAGAAUGUAUAAUAGAAUAGUCGAUCAAUAUUAGGUACAUCUCGUAUCUUCAUAGACGUGUCCGUUUGCACUGAAACAAAAUUAUCAUUUCAUUUCAAAAUUAGAAGACUGAAGUGUUCGGGCAGUGCAAUAUGAGUUGCUGUAUUAAUUAUUUAUUAUAUAUUAUAAAGAUAAAGUGCUAAGUUGAACGCUUAACGUCUACUUAUUUAGACGCGACUUCUUAACUUGGGAGUUGUAUUUCCUUGGAUUCGGUUACCUUAACUCGAUCUUUCCUCCUCGGAUCUGUUACAGACAGUCCGAUGUUGCUGUAGUUGUUACCGAUGUCUCAUCCCAUUUCAGUGAAUAGGAUAUAAUAAAUAAUGCAAAUCUGCUUUUAAAAUAUUUCUUCGUGAACCCAGAAGUUACAUUGGAAUUCCUAUUGGAACAGCGGGCUCAAAAUGCUUGUGACUUAUGAGUUAAAAGCAUUUUACUACAAUGAUUUUAUUAUAAUAAACUAAUAUUCUACAAAUAAAUCUAACUUCCAUGUUAUUGAUGGAACCUUUAUGGCAACCCCAACAUGUUCAAAUCACGCCUCUCUCUGAAAGGAUUCCAAUCGAGCGAUUAAUUAACUAAAAUCGAUAAAUUUUAUAAGCAAUAACUUUGUAUGUAUACAAAAUAUAUGUCCGUAGAUAUUUAUUUCACUUGUAAAACCUCAGUUUAAGUUCUAGUCAUUUAAGAGUAAGUAUUUAAAUGUUAUUAUAAUAGAAAUAUUAAAAUAUUUAUUAACAAAAAAAUCCUUAUGUUAUAACCUGCAUUAUUUCUUUGUACAAUACAUAUUCUAGAAUUAAGUAAAUUAUGAAGUAUUUUUUUCGUUUAAAAUGUAUGUUAAUGUUAUAUUUUUCUUAAUUUUGAUACUUUUUUUAGGUAAUAUUUCUUUACAGUGGACAGACAUAUACAAUUG